AUGUGUUGCAGCGAAUUCCACUUGAGAUUUGGCACACCUAGAUCGGACACCUACACUCGAUGCGACAAGUUUUAUGUUAAGCUGGUAUAUGCCAAAUCUGAGGCCGAAAUGCAGAGACUUGAAAUCGAAAGCAAGCUACAUCAUUCAGAAGCAGAACAAGAAUAUGCUGCCUUAAACGAGGAAAUAGAAUUAGCUCAAAAUAAUCCCAAUAUUAUUGUUGUUGUGAUAUCAACGCAAGUAGCUGUGGAUGGACCUCUCUUAGCCAUAUCUGACAAUAUGUUUGUACAUAAUAAUUCAAAACACGGACGACGAGCGAAAAGGCUGGAUCCUACAGAAGGACUGUACCCACCCCUUCCAGUAGCUACCCCCUGCAUAAAGGCCAUCAGUCCCAGCGAAGGAUGGACGGCGGGAGGAUCGACAGUUAUUAUAGUGGGAGAUAACUUCUUUGAUGGACUACAAGUCGUUUUUGGCACUAUGCUCGUUUGGAGUGAGUUAAUAACACCGCAUGCAAUACGAGUCCAAACGCCGCCACGUCAUAUACCUGGAGUAGUAGAAGUAACGUUAUCCUAUAAAUCAAAACAGUUUUGUAAAGGAGCACCUGGCCGAUUUGUUUAUGUUUCUCUUAAUGAACCUACAAUUGACUAUGGCUUCCAAAGACUACAAAAACUUAUACCCAGACAUCCCGGAGAUCCGGAAAAAUUACCUAAAGAAAUCAUCCUCAAGAGAGCAGCAGACUUAGCGGAGGCGCUUUACUCCAUGCCUCGAAACAAUCAAUUAUCAUUGUCGGCGCCGCGGUCUCCCACCAUGGGUAACAACGGUAUGACAUCCACAUUCAAUGCGUAUACGGGUCAACUGGCUGUCAGCGUUCAAGACAACGGAAACGAAGACUACGGGGGGCGGACACAAAGUAGUAGCGUAUCACCGCGCGGUGGUGGCUACUGCUCCAAUGCAUCAACACCUCAUUCUUCAAAUGGAGGCGGUUCAUACACAGGUGGAGGUGGAGGAGGCAACAUUAACGGAGGUUACGGAGGAACAACACCUACAAGUACCACUUCGCAACUCUCCAACAUGCUGCCAGGAUCUCCUUCAGCUGGAAUAUUUAACACCACACCAAUUCCUUCAGAAGCACCUAAUUAUAAUUUUGGUUGUUACUACAUCAAACACGAGCAUACGAAUAACGAAAAAAGCGCUUUUGCCCCAGUAGUUAGAGGGGGUGAAACACCCCCCACUCCUGCUCCUGCUCUAUUUCAUCAUCAGCCUAUGUCUGGUUGGCACCAUUUGGCUGUACAAUGUUAG